ACAACAGAAGAAACCUCAUUUUUUAACUAUAUUUAACACUCGGAAAUACUAUGAUUGUUUCCUUAAGGGAAAUUUGGAGAACCAAGCAAUUCCCAUGAAUUCUUAUCCUGCAAGAAAAACAUCCAUCCAAAGAUUCUGAACAUUAAAUAUCAACAAAUUUUUGACUGAUCAAUCAAGGCAUAUAAACCACGAAAGGCCAAACCAGAAUAAGGUUAAAGCCUUAUUUUGUCUCUUUCGGACAUUUUUAUCUGAACAAAUACCGUCUCAAAGUUCCUCCUGGGGUUCAAUCACUUGUCAUCAAACAAGGAAGUGAAAGAGAGACAAAUGGGGAAAGGAGGAAUGAGUGUGUUGCUGCUGUUACUGUUUUUGAGUUUCUGUUCAGCUUCUGAUCAGAAAUGGAGGAAAGCAAUGAUAUCGACUGACAAGGGCUCUUCCAUGAUGAUGAAUAGAGUUGGGUCGUCCAUUCUGUUCCCAAUUCAUGGAAAUGUGUAUCCAACUGGGUACUAUAAUGUUACAAUCACUAUAGGUCAGCCUCCCAAGCCCUAUUUUCUUGAUCUUGAUACUGGGAGUGACCUGACAUGGCUUCAAUGUGAUGCUCCCUGCGUCCAUUGUACUGAGGCACCUCAUCCACUUUACCGACCCACCAAUGACCUAGUGCCCUGCAAGGAUCCACUUUGUGCAGCAUUGCACCCACCUGGUGACUACAAAUGUGAAAGCCCAGAACAAUGUGACUAUGAGGUUGAGUAUGCAGAUGGCGGUUCAUCCCUUGGGGUCCUUGUGCGAGAUGUGUUUUCUUUAAACUAUACAAAUGGAAUCCGACUCAGUCCUCGUCUAGCCCUUGGAUGCGGGUAUGAUCAAAUUCCGGGUGCAUCUUAUCAUCCCUUAGAUGGAAUACUUGGCCUUGGAAGGGGAAAAUCCAGCAUUGUGUCUCAGCUUCAGAGUCAGGGUUUGGUGCGAAAUGUUGUAGGACACUGUUUAAGUGGAAGAGGUGGAGGAUUUCUAUUCUUUGGGGACGGACUCUAUGAUUCUUCACACGUGACUUGGACAUCUAUGUCACAGGAGUUUACUAAGUACUACUCUCCAGGGAUUGCGGAACUACAAUUUGGUGGGAAAGCUACGGGUAUUAAAAAUCUCAUUGUCGUUUUUGACAGUGGGAGCUCUUACACAUACCUUAAUUCUCAGGCUUAUCAAACUUUAACGGUUUUGUUGAAGAAAGAAUUAAGUGGAAGGUCUUUAAAGGAAGCCCCAGAAGACCAGACACUCCCACUCUGUUGGAAGGGCCGGAAGCCUUUCAAAAACGUACGUGAUGUCAAGAAAUACUUCAAGACCCUGGCUUUGGCCUUUGCAAGUAGUGGCAGAACAAGAACCCAGUUUGAAUUACCCCCUGAAGCUUAUCUAAUAAUAUCAGUGAGCACUUACUGA